AUGUCUUCUUCCCUGUCUCUCCUCUCCAGGGAACUUCUAGUAACACUGGCUCUGGGCCAGGUCCUGUCUCUGCUCAUCUGUGGCAUCGGGCUGACCAGCAAGUACCUGGCUGAUGACUACCACGCCAACACGCCCGUGUUCCAGAGCUUUCUCAACUACAUCCUACUGUUCCUGGUCUACACCACCACGCUCGCCGUUAGGCAAGGUGAGGAGAAUUUACUGGCAAUACUGAAGAGGCGAUGGUGGAAGUACAUGAUUUUGGGAUUGAUAGACAUCGAGGCUAACUACCUGGUUAUCAAAGCCUACCAAUACACCACACUAACCAGCGUACAGCUCUUAGACUGUUUCACCAUCCCCGUGGUGCUGCUGCUGUCCUGGUUCUUCCUGCUGGUGAGGUACAAGGCCGUGCACUUUGUGGGCGUCGGGGUGUGUCUGCUGGGCAUCGGCUUAAUGGUGGGGACAGACGUCCUGGUGGGAAGACAACAGGGCCUAGGGGACCAUAAGCUCCUGGGGGACCUGCUGGUGCUGGGAGGGGCCACGCUGUACGGCAUCUCUAAUGUGUGUGAGGAGUUCAUCGUUAAGAACCUGAGUAGGGUGGAGUUCCUGGGCAUGAUGGGACUGUUUGGCUCCUUCUUCAGCGGCAUUCAGCUGGCCAUCAUGGAGCAUAAGGAGCUGUUAAGGGUGCCCUGGGACUGGCAGAUAGGGUUGCUCUACAUCGGCUUCAGUGCCUGCAUGUUUGGCCUGUACAGCUUCAUGCCCGUGGUCAUCAAAAGGAGCAGUGCCGCGUCGGUCAACCUCUCUCUGCUGACCGCUGACCUCUACAGCCUGUUCUGUGGUCUCUUACUGUUCCAGUACAAGUUCUCAGGGCUCUACCUCCUGUCCUUCGUCAUCAUCGUGCUGGGUCUGGUCCUCUACACCUCUUCCUCUACCUACGUGGCCCAGGACCCACGCAUCUACAAGCAGUUCCGCAACGCCGGCCACCCCAUUACGGACACGCCCACUCUGGGGCCCCUGGAACCCUCGGUGACCUAUACCAGCCUGAGGCAGGAGAUAGAGGAGGAACCUCGCAUCAGGGUGGCCUGA